AUGGGGCCAAUCCCUGUUGUGUUUUUCGUGCUUUUUGGAGGUGUUUUCUCUCAAGCCUGCCCGCCCGAUAAGCCCUUCACACAGUGCCCUUAUCACCCUUGUAUAGCUGCUACCUGUGCCAUAGGGACAAGAUCAAAGAAGUGUACCGAAAACGGAAAAACUUACAAUGCUGGGGAAACAUUUACAGCAUCGGACGGCUGCAACACGUGUAGGUGUACCGAGACCGGAGUUGCAGCUUGUACACUAAGGGCAUGUGUACCACCAAAGCAGUGUACCGAAAACGGAAAAACUUACAAUGUUGGGGAUACAUUCACAGCAUCGGACGGAUGCAACACGUGUAGGUGUACUGAGACCGGAAUAGCAGCCUGUACACUGAAGGCCUGUGUGCCACCAAAACAGUGUACUGUAAACGGAAAAACUUACAAUGCUGGGGAUACAUUCACAGCAUCGGACGGAUGCAACACGUGUAGAUGUACCGAGACUGGAGUUGUAGCCUGUACACUAAUGGCAUGCUUGCAACAGAAGCAGUGUACCGAAAACGGAAAAACCUACAAUGCUGGGGAUACAUUCACAGCAUCGGACGGAUGCAACACGUGUAGGUGUACCGAGACUGGGGCUGUAGCUUGUACACUAAAGGCCUGUGUGCAACAGAAGCAGUGUACCGAAAACGGAAAAUCCUACAAUGUUGGGGAUACAUUCACAGCAUCGGACGGAUGCAACACGUGUAGGUGUACCGAGACUGGAGCGGUAGCAUGCACACUAAAAGCAUGUGUGCAACAGAAGCAGUGUACCGAAAAGGGAAAAACUUACAAUGUUGGGGAUACAUUUACAGCAUCGGACGGAUGCAACACGUGUAGGUGUACCGAGACCGGAGUUGCAGCUUGUACACUGAAGGCCUGUGUGCCACCAAAACAAUGUACUGUAAACGGAAAAACUUACAAUGCUGGGGAUACAUUCACAGCAUCGGACGGAUGCAACACGUGUAGGUGUACCGAGACUGGAGUUGCAGCUUGUACACUGAAGGCCUGUGUGCCACCAAAACAGUGUACUGUAAACGGAAAAACUUACAAUGCUGGGGAUACAUUCACAGCAUCGGACGGAUGCAACACGUGUAGGUGUACCGAGACUGCGGCUGUAGCCUGCACACUAGUGGCAUGUGUGCAACAGAAGCAGUGUACCGAAAACGGAAAAACCUACAAUGCUGGGGAUACAUUCACAGCAUCGGACGGAUGCAACACGUGUAGGUGUACCGAGACUGGGGCUGUAGCCUGCACACUAGUGGCAUGUGUGCAACAGAAGCAGUGUACCGAAAACGGAAAAACCUACAAUGCUGGGGAUACAUUCACAGCAUCGGACGGGUGCAACACGUGUAGGUGUACCGAGACUGGGGCUGUAGCCUGCACACUAAAAGCAUGUGUGCAACAGAAGCAGUGUACCGAAAACGGAAAAUCCUACAAUGCUGGGGAUACAUUCACAGCAUCGGACGGAUGCAACAUGUGUAGGUGUACCGAGACUGGAGCUGUAGCCUGCACUCGAAAGGCCUGUGUGCAACAGAAGCAAUGUACUGUAAACGGAAAAACCUACAAUGUUGGGGAUACAUUUACAGCAUCGGACGGGUGCAACACGUGUAGGUGUACCGAGGCCGGAAUUGCAGCCUGUACACUGAAGGCCUGUGUUCCACCAAAACAGUGUACUGUAAACGGAAAAACUUACAAUGCUGGGGAUACAUUCACAGCAUCGGACGGGUGCAACACGUGUAGGUGUACCGAGACUGGAGUUGCAGCUUGUACACUGAAGGCCUGUGUGCCACCAAAACAGUGUACUGUAAACGGAAAAACUUACAAUGCUGGGGAUACAUUCACAGCAUCGGACGGCUGCAACACGUGUAGGUGUACCGAGACUGGAGUUGCAGCUUGUACACUGAAGGCCUGUGUGCCACCAAAACAAUGUACUGUAAACGGAAAAACUUACAAUGCUGGGGAUACAUUCACAGCAUCGGACGGAUGCAACACGUGUAGGUGUACCCAGACUGGAGCUGUAGCUUGCACGCUAGUGGCAUGUGUGCAACAGAAGCAGUGUACCGAAAACGGAAAAACCUACAAUGCUGGUGAUACAUUCACAGCAUCGGACGGAUGCAACACGUGUAGGUGUACCGAGACUGGAGCUGUAGCCUGCACACUAGUGGCAUGUGUGCAACAGAAGCAGUGUACCGAAAACGGAAAAACCUACAAUGUUGGGGAUACAUUCACAGCAUCGGACGGAUGCAACACGUGUAGGUGUACCGAGACUGGAGCGGUAGCAUGCACACUAAAAGCAUGUCUGCAACAGAAGCAGUGUACCGAAAACGGAAAAACUUACAAUGUUGGGGAUACAUUUACAGCAUCGGACGGAUGCAACACGUGUAGGUGUACCGAGACCGGAGUUGCAGCUUGUACACUAAAGGCCUGUGUGCCACCAAAACAAUGUACUGUAAACGGAAAAACUUACAAUGCUGGGGAUACAUUCACAGCAUCGGACGGAUGCAACACGUGUAGGUGUACCGAGACUGGAUUUGCAGCUUGUACACUGAAGGCCUGUGUGCCACCAAAACAGUGUACUGUAAACGGAAAAACUUACAACGCUGGGGAUACAUUCACAGCAUCGGACGGAUGCAACACGUGUAGGUGUACCGAGACUGGAGCUGUAGCCUGCACACUAGUGGCAUGUGUGCAACAGAAGCAAUGUACCGAAAACGGAAAAACCUACAAUGCUGGGGAUACAUUCACAGCAUCGGACGGGUGCAACACGUGUAGGUGUACCGAGACUGGGGCUGUAGCCUGCACAGUAAAAGCAUGUGUGCAACAGAAGCAGUGUACCGAAAACGGAAAAACCUACAAUGCUGGGGAUACAUUCACAGCAUCGGACGGAUGCAACACGUGUAGGUGUACCGAGACUGGAGUUACAUGUACUGAAAAUGGAAAAACCUACAAUGCUGAGGAUACAUUCACAGCAUCGGACGGCUGUAACACGUGUAGGUGUAUCGAGACUGGAGCUGUAGCCUGCACACUAGUGGCAUGUGUGCAACAGAAGCAGUGUACCGAAAACGGAAAAACUUACAAUGUCAGCGGUGCCCUCUGCACAAAUGUAGACCCUGCACCACCGGACAUGUGUACGAUACGAACGGCUGUAAGACGUGCCAGUGCCAGGAUCCCUCCUGUGAGGCGAGUGGCUGGACAAGGGGAUGUGUCUCGGUGGUGGGACAAGGAGAUGUGUCAUGGUGGUGGGACUCCGGGGCCAUACUGUGGCUGGUUUGAGGACUGUGUGUGGCGGUUCCUGGCCAAGUAA